AGGAUGUCUUUCAAGAAGGAAACACCCCUGGCUAAUGCUGUGUUUUGGGCAGCGAGGAAGGGGAACUUGGCUCUGCUUCAACUGCUACUCAACAGCGGGCGAGUGGACGCAGACUGCAGAGACAGUUAUGGAACAACAGCGCUGAUGGUGGCAUCAUACAGCGGCCAUUAUGACUGUGUUAAAGAGCUUAUCAUGCAAGGGGCUGAUAUCAACUACCAAAGAGAGACAGGUUCUACCGCUUUGUUCUUCUCCUCCCAGCAAGGACACCAUGAAGUUGUAAAGCUCCUCUUUGAAUUCGGUGCCUCCACUGAAUUCCAGACAAAGGAUGGUGGCACAGCUCUCACUGUCGCAUCUCAGUACGGUCACUCCAAAGUGGUGGACAUCCUGCUGAAAAAUGGAGCCAAUGUUCACGACCAGCUGAACGAUGGUGCCACCCCUCUUUUCCUUGCUGCCCAAGAGGGUCAUGUGACUGUGAUUCGUCAGUUGCUGUCAUCCGGUGCCAAGGUCAACCAAGCAAGGGAGAAUGGCUAUACUGCCCUUCAUGCUGCUGUUAUGAGUGGAAAUCUUCAAUCUGUUCUGCUGCUACUUGGAGCGAAUGCUGACCCAACGCUACUCAAUAAGAAUAGUGAACUCCCUGCAGAUCUGACAAAGAAUGAUCGCAUCCUUAAGGUUUUACGUCCAAAAAUCCUGAAUGGACACAGCUGAUAAUGGCACAGGUUCCUGCCUUCACGCCUGUCUGUGUAAGGAGGGGGAAAGAAAACAAGUGUCCAAUCCACCCAAUUACAACAUGUACUGUACACGGUGCUUGCUUUUGGUUGAAAUUAAGCUGUCGUAUGCCGAACAAACCUGGACAAAGUAUAGCGCAACACAAAAAACAUUUGUCUUCCAUGUGCAUCAUCCCCUACUGGUCUCCUGUUUAUUUGUGUUUAUCCCAAGUGUUGUCAGAUUUCUAUAUAUUUUGCACUCUUUAUUUGCCUUUUUAAUAAAUGUAAUAAAGUGUAAUUUUAUUUAUUAAUGCAGGAGUAUCUGUGUGGAU